AUGGAAGGGCACGCAGCCCAUUUCCACGCGGAGUUCCUCUCGCAAGGCGCGAGGGACGCUGGCGUGCUUUCUUCUCGCCUCAGAUGGGGUGUCUUUGCGCACCUUGUGGAGCCCACGCGCUUCGACAACGCGCGCGACCUCGAGGUCCCCCUGCGGCCCGGCACCGCCCCUGAGGAGGAGACAGUCCCUUCGCCGGGAGAACCCCACACUAGCAUCCGCUCGGCGAGCGCUCGCAGGUUCAACGAACUCGCUUCGGCCGCCGGAGGCGCCACACGGCGCAACGAACCCCUCCGCGACGCGACAGGGGCCCAUAUGGAAGGCGAGACGCUGCACGAUAGAGGCCGCAGGAACUCUCGGGAAAACCAAUUUUUAUCAGAAGAGGACGGGGUGGGGGAAAGCGGAGACGCAGGCGGCUUCCUUUCCGCUAAAGGGGACGACCGGAGCGUCUCGUCGUCUGGACGCGCCCACAGAGCUCCUGGAGGGCGAGAGGCGCCCCGCGACGCGGGGGUAUCAGGGCCUGCCUGUCCGUGUGGAGGAGAGGCAGAAGACAACUGGCAGCUGCAUCGCGUGGGUGAGGAGUGGCUGCCUGAAGAGGGGCUGGAGUUCGAUGUCCCGUCGUAUGAUUCGCAAGAGCUUCCCGCCUCUGUUUCGUAUCCAUUGCACAUGCGGGGCUCUCCUCCAGCCUCCCACGUCCGCGAGCGUUCGCCGCGCGCGGCCUGCAGCGAACACCCAGCUGCGCCCUCGCCUCGACAGCCGCGUUCGCGGAGCCCUGGAUCCUCUCGGGCGUCCUCCUCCUCUCCAUCGCAGCAGCCCCACUCUGUUCCCUGCGGAAGGGGCCCUUUGCCUCAUCACGGCGGCGGGAGUCCUGCGUCCGGGCCACAGGCCUCGGAGUAUCACCGCGCGUCGGCGCCAGCAGCUCUUCGGGGCGACGAGGAAUUCAUCUCCUCGCAGCCCGUGCCGCGUCUCUCUGCGGCGCCGGCGCGAGCUCCGGCGGACAACGCCGCGUGGGGCGUGUCUCCACAGCCCCGCCCCAGCUCGGCAGUCUCCUCCUCUGCGCGGGUAUCCGGGGUCUCCUCCACCUCGCUUGCGGCGCGCGCCGAGGCCCGGAGGCGCGAGCAGCAGAUGCAGCUCUGGGAGCGCUUGCAGGAAGUGCGGCGAGAGAAGAAGCAGGUCUUUGACCUUCUUCGGGAGCUCGAUGGGAAGUGCAUCGAGACGCUAUGCCCCUCGAGGCCGCAGUCCGCUCGGAGCGCGCGGGGGGCGCUCCCGCGACAGGCCUGGAGGAGUGCGCCCAGCGCCCAACGAGGCCGGGAGACGCCGAGCUCUUCGGCGAACGACCGCUCUGUCACCAGAGGCGCGUGCGACGCCUGGGCGCGCGACAGACGCCGCAGCCAUCUUUCCGCGCUGCUGGACGAAGAGUGCUUCUCUCUCGCUGACCGCCGACCUCUGCGACGAAGCUGCAGCGCACGGAGCCUCAGGAGGCCCUCAGGGGAGGCGAGUCCGCGGCUGCCCUGGCCUGACGCCCGCCGCGGGGGAGGCGAUGGAGAGAGGCGCAGAGCCUCAACAGGCCGCGGCGCGCGCGGCGCGGAGUCUGCGUCUUUCGUCUCGGGUUACACGGUGAGAGACUUAAAGGAGCUCGUGUUUCCUGCCAAGCCGAAGAAGAGGAAGCCUUGGGAUGACUCGCUGAGCGAUCUCUCCCGGUACCGCGCGUCGCCCGCAGAACUCCUCUCGCGGCGCCUGAGAAGCACGUCGCCGCACGCCGCUGUCGCCGCCGCUGAGUAUCGAAUGAGACUCCACCUGAUGGAGCAGGAUCUCCGACCUUUCAUCGAGGAAUACAAACUCCAGGACUGCCCAGGGGCGCUGCAGGAGGAAGAAGAGCGCUUGAUUCGUGAGGCGCGCCUCGAGCUGUUUCGGCGGCAAAGAGCCUCCGUGGCAGCCUCCAUCUGCUCAUCGACGUCAGCCAGGUGCCGCCGCAGCGACGGCGAACGAGGCGGUGGAGACUCGCCUGCGGGCGCGGCCGCUCGAGGCGCCACCAGCUGCUGUGCGGUUGUCGGGCGUCGGCCCGCUGCAGCCCAACAGGCAGCACCAGCGCGACCCCACAGCGCCGGUGGUGUCUCUUCGGUACGGGGCCCAUGCAGGGGACAGGACGGCGGGCGACGAGGAGACACACGUGCCGCGGAGGGAGCUGCCCGCCGCGUCUCGCCACGGGGUGCAGCGUCGUGCCGCCUCUCUCGCCCACGCCCCUGCGUCUGCUCCAAAUGCGGAGUAGCCACAGACACCGCUGCUGCGGGCGAUGACGCCGCGCCGGGCGCUCUCAGUGUCUAUCCGCCGCCACCUGUGGCGAGGACGACUCAGCUCUCUCGGCGGCUCCAACAGCAUCACUCGUACGUGGCGCCGAGGCUCUCGAAGGCCUCCUCGUCGUCGCUGCGGCGCGGGGGGGAGGCGCCCGGCGCCGCUGGGAGGUCGUCUCCUGCCGGCGCCGAUGAGAGGGAAAUCCGCCCGCGCGUCGCGAACAUCGAAGUCGAAGUGCGGAGAACGCCGGACGGACCAGUGUGCACGGGUGUGUGGACGAACCCGCCCCUCCGUCGCGCCUGCGGACUCACCGAUUUGGAGCCGGAGAGCGGGCGGCUAGUGCCUGGAGGCGAGACGCUCCGGCGGUCUGCCGCCCCUGCACCGACGAGCCCAGAGGGAGGAGACGGGGCUCGCGCGCCUGACGCGCCUCGGGAGGGUCGCCGCAGCCCCGCGGGGCUCGCCUACGCGAUGGACGUCCAGGGGCAGCUGAAGCUUUUGGAUGAAAUCGCCGCUCAGCUCGACUGCCUUGACGCCACCUUCCCCUGCGACGUUGGUCCUGGCUGCCGCCGUGCUACGUUUCCAGCGCCGGGGGCGCCUCGGAGCGCCGCGAACAGUCCGUCUGCAGCAGUCGAGCAAUCCUGCGCGACGGCAUACGGCCAAACACUCCCUCGCCGACCGCCAGGCGGCCGCCCCGUCCUUGGAGAGAGUCUCUCGUCGGGAGAGGAGGAAGGCUCCGCGCCGCCUCGCCCCGCCGCGCUCCCCGACGCGUCUUCUCCGUCGCGGGUUUUAGCGGCGGCGAAUGGAGACGGCGACGCAGCGCGAGGAGACGGCGAGAGCGAUCGGCAGGGGCAGUUAGAAGAGAUCCAGAGGCAACUCCAGGGCAUGCAGCAGCAGCUUGGUGACCACCAUCGUCUGUGGCUGUUUCCUCCGUUCUCGGCCUCCUACACACAGGCUGCAGAUCUGGCGCCUGUCGGCGGGUCUCCUCCACAUUCUACGGCUGCCCCUUCGUUGGAGAAUGAGGCGGAUGCAGCGUGCCGCCGCGGCUCUGCGUCGGCUCUGGCGAACGUCUACCGUGCUUCCGUGGCGGGAGGCGGCGCAGAACUGACUCUCUCGCAAAGUGCCCGCAUAAGGCAUGCGAUCUCUUCUGCUUCGAGUCUGAGUUCUGUCAUUCGGGAGCAAUCCGAGGCCCUGCAGGGGGAGUGUGCGGACGUCGUUGAGCAGCUGAAACACCAGCAGGAGCGCAUGCAGCACCACCUUCAAGGUUACUUUCCCUCUCUGCUGCAGCCUGCGGCUCCGGCGGGUGAUUCCGCAGUUCCCGUGCCUCACGGGGGAGGGGCCUCAGUGAGUACACGCGGAAGCGGCUACAAUGACCUCGGGGGAGACGCAGGGAGGCAGCCGCGGAGAGUGGCGGCCGCAAAGGCUUCUCUUGAGACUCCUGCUUCGCAGAACAAGCCCCUGCAGAGGCGCGGCCGCCUCCCGGCGUGGGGCGGGCGGGAGGCGCUUGUAAAGUCGAAUGCUAGAGACGCGGCGAACAAUAGGCGCUCGCGAGAGCUCCGCACUGUCCCGGCUGCCAGACCCGCUGCGCUGGGGCCCUGCUUCAUCAAGACCGUUGGAGGCUUGCACGUCUCGGUGCAGAGCUCCGAGGAGCGAGCAGUGAUGGCGGGGGGAGAGGAGAGCCGAAUCGUCGCCAUCGAUGUGCAGCUCCAACGUGCGAAGCCAGGUGCGCCCUUCGAGGCCGCCCCCGGGGCCGAUGAGAACUCAAAUCCGCAGAGAGGUUUGCAGCUUAGACCCGAGCUUGUGCUGUCAGCGGAGCCUGAAGUCAGGCAGAAAAACCUCAUGCACCGCUAG